CGUCUCCGUCCGCGCGGUGCUGCGGCCCCCGAAUGCCGCGUGAGGGCGGAGGAACAUGGCGGCCGAACCGGAGAAGAAAAGAAGUAGAGUAGAGGAGCAUCCGCACAACAUGGCGGUAGAGAGCAGCAGCUGUGUGGAAUCGAUGGACUGGGAUGGCCGCUGGAACCACAUCUCUAAGUUCCUGGAGCGACCUGGUCCUUUUACGCACCCAGACUUUGAGCCCAGCACAGAGACUCUCUCCUUUCUCCUGGAGUCAUGCAAGAUAUUAGUUCUUGGAGCUGGUGGCUUGGGCUGUGAGCUGCUGAAGGAUCUGGCAUUGUCAGGAUUUCGACAAAUUCAUGUCAUUGACAUGGACACAAUCGAUGUCUCUAACCUCAAUCGGCAGUUUCUGUUUCGGCCCAAGGACGUCGGCAGGCCGAAAGCCAACGUGGCUGCAGAGUUCAUCAACACCAGGGUCCCAGGCUGCAAUGUCAUGCCACAUUUCAAAAAGAUUCAAGAGUAUGACGAAUCAUUCUACAGACAGUUUCACAUCAUUGUGUGUGGACUGGACUCAAUUGUUGCAAGAAGGUGGAUUAAUGGGAUGCUGAUGUCCAUGCUGAACUUUGAGGAUGGAGUACUGGACCCCAGCACCAUCAUCCCCAUGAUUGAUGGGGGCACCGAAGGCUUCAAGGGCAAUGCCAGAGUGGUGCUGCCUGGCAUGACGGCCUGUAUCGAAUGCACCCUGGACCUGUACCCCCCACAGAUCAACUUCCCCAUCUGCACUUUAGCUUCCAUGCCUCGGCUGCCGGAGCAUUGCAUUGAGUAUGUCCGCCUUCUGCAGUGGCCCAAGGAGCAGCCCUUCGGAGAUGCUGUGGCCCUGGACGGAGAUGACCCAGAGCACAUCCAGUGGGUUUACCAGAACUCGCUGGCGAGAGCAGCACAGUUUCACAUCACCGGGGUGACGUACAGACUCACACAGGGGGUUGUGAAGAGAAUUAUCCCAGCUGUUGCUUCCACAAAUGCAGUUAUUGCUGCUGCCUGUGCAACGGAGGUGUUCAAGAUUGCAACCAGCUCCUAUGUACCGCUGAGCAACUACAUGGUGUUCAAUGACGUGGACGGGCUGUACACCUACACAUUUGAAGCUGAAAGAAAGGACAACUGCCCGGCGUGUAGCCAGGUGCCACAGAACUUGGAGUUCUCCUCCUCCGCUCGCCUCCAGGAGGUCCUGACCCAUCUCACUGAGAGCACAUCUUUUCAGAUGAAGUCACCAGCGAUAACCGCAACAGUAGACGGGAAAAACAAGACUCUGUACAUGCAGACGAUAGCAUCUAUUGAGGAAAGGACACGACCAAAUCUGUCAAAAACCCUCCAAGAGCUGGGUCUUACAGAUGGGCAGGAGUUGGCAGUGGCUGACAUCACCACACCUCAGACUGUCCUUUUCAAGCUUCACUUCAGCAGUUGAUGGCCUCUCACCCAAUUCACCAACACCCACAAGUCCCUAUCAUCAGUGCCCUUCCCCGUCGGCUGAGCGCACGUACAAUUGUGACAGCUCCUUCGCAUCUGAGAGUUGUUUCAAUGUAAUCCAAAAGUAUCAUUUUUUUAUUCCUACCUCAAUUUCCCAAAUGUAAGAUUUUUUGUGAUUUAAAGUGAAAUGUCUACAAAUAAUAUGAAUCGGGUUAAAUUUUGCUCCUAAGUCAUGGCUGUAAAAAUUGCUGAAACCUUGUGGUGUGGGAAACACUAGGCUUUCUGUUGGGCACCAGAUAAGACCUAAGCAACAGCUUCCCAUUAUUAGAACAUGCUAUUUUUUUGCUAUACAGCAUCACUUGCAGGUAUUUAUAUCUCGUGUUACCCUCAGCUGAAGCUUAAUGCCCAUGACAGAUGCUUUCCAGCUUUUACAAGCUACAGCAUUUGUCAUGGAGAGUUCUACCAACUGCUCACAUUGUCCCACUUCCAUUUCCUUCAUCUGCCCCCACUUUCCAUUCUUCCUUGCAGAAUCAUAUUUGUCCUUUCUUCAGCUGACUUAGGAUAUCCCACAUAUGCCAUCUCGUCAAACUUCUCAGUAGUUCUUGCUUGUGUACCCAUUCUCUGUUGCGUCUCCAUUCUCGUCACAAUCGCCUAAACGUUCCAUUAUUUUGUAAGACUCGACCACAUGCAGUUAUUUUCUUCAUGUUUUAGUCCGUCUUAUUGACGGCGAAAAACCAACAAUCACCAUUUAAGUUCAUUGCUGUAUGAUAUGAUGUAUGCUUAUUGGGUGUAUAUUUAUCUUUGCCUAUAGCCUAAUAAUACAUUCUGUAAGUAAUAGGUAUCAGUUAAUAUUUGGUUAGAUAGCAAUUUGAGCUGCAUAAAUACUACUGUCGUUACAUUCAUUGUUGUUGGCUGUUGGGAACAUUUUUUCAGGGCUGUACACAUUGAAUUUGUAGGGUUGUUAAAACGAUAACAGCCAAACCCUGCACUCUGAAGAGAGAGAGAGCACUUAUGACUUUCAAAUAUGAUAUGUAUGUGUUCUCACAAGAAAGUUGCCCUUGUAUGCAAUUCUCAAAUAUGAACGUGUUGUAUCAUGAAACCAAUAUGAUGGAAAAUAUUUAAUUUUGUGUUGGUUGCAUGACCCUGACUCGUCAUUAAGCUAAAGGAAUUUAAUGCUAUCAGCUCGUGCCAAACUUAUUAAUACAUACUCCUGGAUGGAAGGUAUGAACAUCGUAUGUCAGAGGAAAACUUGCCAUUAGCCCCUUUUGCCACUACCCUCAAACCCACCAUUUAAUUGUUACACUGAUCCAAAUUAAAACCCAGGUAUGUUCAGCUUCCGUUUCUGAUCUGAACCUGAAAAAUAACCCUCACUUUUGAAGAUGACGAUUUUCUUCCCCCCUCGGCAUUUGUCAUGUUCAGGAGAGUAGCGCUGCUGCUAGUUUCACAUUUUUUUCACGGAUAAUAUUUGCUCCAACAUAAAAACAUGGUCUGCCUGGUAACGAUUGUACAGCGAGGUGCAAUGUGCAUUCCUGAGGAGCUGGCAUGAGAGCUUUAUGUAGAGAAACACAAGCACACUUAAUUUGCUCUUUUAUCAUUUCUUAUUCUGCACUCCCAUUCAUGAGUUGUUUUUCUCAGUAUGAAAAGUGCUGUGGGGCUUCCAAUAUGCAGUAUAGUACCUGCAGAAUAGACUUGCAGGAGGGAGGGUAUGCCUUGCAAAGGUGACAUUAUUUCGUAAUGUCGCAACCGUUUAUGGUUGCGAACGCGCAAGGUUUACAGGUGAGCGGGGGACUGAACAUUGUUUGGGUAACUUUUGUUUUGCCCAUGGGCUGAGCAGGCGUAUGCAGUGUUCACAUUUCUUCGUGCAUUGCAGUGUGUGCGGUGAUGUUACUUGAAGAUGAGUUGUCUAGCACAGCAUUUUUUUAUGCUGUUACAUGCGGAUUAUUCAAAAAUAGUGUGAAAUAUUACAAACUGCAUUUUAAUGAGUGUGUCAUGUCUGCUGUUUAAUAAAUGUGUACUAAUAUG